CUUAUUUUUUACCCAAAAUAUGACAUCAGCGAUAAUCAAAAUGUUGAAAAUCUGUGAAUGUCUAAAUAAGAAAUUGGUCCAUUUUAACAGCAAUGUGUCGAACCCUUUCAACAACGGGGAGAUGUUACUGAUGUGCUUUGUAUCUUCAACGUAAAAACAAGUUUUGGACUUCCACACAAAAUUACUUCUUUAGUUAUUUUAUGUUUAAGGAAGUGUGUAGGUCACAUUCUGUAUCAUACAGCUAUGAAUGUUAUAUAUUUAGAACCACCUGUUCAAUUGGAAUCCAGCGACGUCUGUGUCUUCAGUGUCCUAGAACUGUCCAGGUUUUUGUGUUCUGACUUGUAAAAUAGGAUGAAUAAAAUAAGUAUUGUAAACAUAUCAAUAAUUACCAGGAAGCUCUACAUUUGUUUUAAAAUCACACUAAGAUUGUUAAAACUGGCCUCGGGUUAUUGAGAGAUCUGAUUUAGGAUUUACCCUCGUAGCAAGGUUGUUUUAUCAUGUGGUUUCAUUCGGGUCUCUAUUUUAAAAUAACACUGUCUUUGUGUUAUUUUGGCAACCAGUCAGUUUGGCAGGAGAAAGGCCAGACUCGGAGGAGCCAGGGACGUCCAAACUAGCAAGACGACACCACUGCUCCCACUGUGGAAAGAGUUGUAACCGGUUAUGGGACCUGAAACAGCAUGAGACAAUGCACACAGGGGAGAAGCCUUACCACUGUUCCCAGUGUGGAAAGAGUUUUCACCAGAAAGCACACGAGAGAAUACACACAGGAGAGAAGCCUUACCACUGCUCCCAAUGUGGAAAGUGUUUCAACCAGUCAGGGGGGCUGAAACUACAUGAGAGAAUACACACAGGAGAGAAGCCUUACCAAUGCUCCCAAUGUGGAAAGUGUUUUGUCCGUUCGGGGGAGCUGAAACAACAUGAGAGAAUACACACGGGAGAGAAGCCUUACCACUGCUCCCAAUGCGGAAAGUGUUUCGUCCGUUCGGGGGGGCUGAAACUACACGAGAGAAUCCACACAGGGGAGAAGCCGUACCAUUGCUCCCAGUGUGAAAAGAGUUUCAGCCGGAAAGCAUUCCUGAACCAACACGAGAUAAUCCACACCGGGGAGAAGCCUUACCACUGCUCCCAGUGUGGAAAGUGUUUCAACCAGUCGGGGGAGCUGAAACAACAUGAGAGAAUACACACAGGAGAGAAGCCUUACCACUGCUCCCAGUGUGGAAAGAGUUUCAACCGGAAAGCAAACCUGAAACGGCACGAGAGAAUACAUACAGGAGAGAAGCCUUACCACUGCUCCCAAUGUGGAAAGUGUUUCAUCCGUUUUAAACAGAAAGCACAACUGAAAAAACAUAAGAGAAUACACACAGGGGAGAAGCCUUACCACUGUUCCCAGUGUGGAAAGGGUUUCAACCAGUCAGGGACGCUGAAACAACACGAGAGAAUACACACAGGAGAGAAGCCUUACCACUGCUCCCAAUGUGGAAAGUGUUUCAACCAGUCGGGGGAGCUGAAACAGCACGAGAGAAUACACACGGGAGAGAAGCCUUACCACUGCUCCCAGUGUGGACAGUGUUUCAACCAGAAAGCACACCUGAAACAACAUGAGAGGAUACACACAGGGGAGAAGCCUUACCACUGCUCCCAAUGUGGAAAGUGUUUCAACCAGAGAGUAAACCUGAAACAACAUGAGAGAAUACACACAGGAGAGAAGCCUUACCACUGCUCCCAAUGUGGAAAGUGUUUCAACCAGAGAGUAAACCUGAAACAACAUGAGAGAAUACACACAGGAGAGAAGCCUUACCACUGCUCCCAAUGUGGAAAGUGUUUCAACCAGAGAGUAAACCUGAAACAACAUGAGAGAAUACACACAGGAGAGAAGCCUUACCACUGCUCCCAAUGUGGAAAGUGUUUCAACCGGUCGGGGGAGCUGAAACAGCAUGAGAGAAUACACACGGGAGAGAAGCCUUACCACUGCUCCCAAUGUGGAAAGUGUUUCAACCAGUCGGGGGAGCUGAAAGAGCAUGAGAGAAUACACACGGGAGAGAAGCCUUACCACUGCUCCCAAUGUGGAAAGUGUUUCAGCCAGUCGGGGGAGCUGAAACGGCAUGAGAGAAUACACACAGGAGAGACGCCUUACCACUGCUCCCAGUGUGGAAAGAGUUUCAACCGGAAAGAGAACCUGAAAGCUCAUGAGAGAAUACACACAGGAGAGAAGCCUUACCACUGCUCCCAAUGUGGAAAGUGUUUCAUCCGGUCAGGGGAGCUGAAACGACAUAAGAGAAUACACACAGGGGAGAAGCCUUACCACUGUUCCCAGUGUGGAAAGGGUUUCAACCAGUCAGGGACGCUGAAACAACAUGAGAGAAUACACACAGGAGAGAAGCCUUACCACUGCUCCCAAUGUGGAAAGUGUUUCGGCCGUUCGGGGGAGCUGAAACUACACGAGAGAAUACACACAGGAGAGAAGCCUUACCACUGCUCCCAUUGUGGAAAGUGUUUAGUCCGUUUGGGGGACCUGAAACAACACGAGAGAAUACACACAGGAGAGAAGCCUUACCAUUGCUCCCAGUGUGGACAGUGUUUCAACCAGAAAGCACACCUGAAACAACAUGAGAGGAUACACAAAGGGGAGAAGCCUUACCACUGUUCCCAGUGUGGAAAGGGUUUCAACCAGUCAGGGACGCUGAAACAACAUGAGAGAAUACACACAGGAGAGAAGCCUUACCACUGCUCCCAAUGUGGAAAGUGUUUCGGCCGUUCGGGGGAGCUGAAACUACACGAGAGAAUACACACAGGAGAGAAGCCUUACCAUUGCUCCCAGUGUGGACAGUGUUUCAACCAGAAAGCACACCUGAAACAACAUGAGAGGAUACACAAAGGGGAGAAGCCUUACCACUGUUCCCAGUGUGGAAAGGGUUUCAACCAGUCAGGGACGCUGAAACAACAUGAGAGAAUACACACAGGAGAGAAGCCUUACCACUGCUCCCAAUGUGGGAAGUGUUUCGGCCGUUCGGGGGUGCUGAAACUACACGAGAGAAUACACGCAGGAGAGAAGCCUUACCACUGCUCCCAUUGUGGAAAGUGUUUCGUCCGUUUGGGGGAGCUGAAACAACACGAGAGAAUACACACAGGAGAGAAGCCUUACCACUGCUUCCAAUGUGUAAGGUCUUUCAACCAGUUGGGGGCGCUGAAACAACAUGAGAGAAUACACACAGGAGAGAAGCCUUACCACUGCUCCCAAUGUGGGAAGUGUUUCAACCAUUCGGGGAUGCUGAAACAACAUGAGAGAAUACACACAGGAGAGAAGCCUUACCACUGCUCCCAGUGUGGAAAGUGUUUCAACCGGAGAGGAAACCUGAAACAACAUGAGAGAAUACACACAGGAGAGAAACGACACCAGUGCUCCCACUGUGGAAAGAGUUUUAACCAGAAAGCACACCUGAAAGCUCACGAGAGAAUACACACAGGGGAGAAGCCUUACCACUGCUCCCAGUGUGGAAAGUGUUUCAAACGGCCUUUUCAUCUGAAACAGCAUGAGAGAAUACACACAGGGGAGAAGCCUUACCACUGCUCCCAGUGUGGAAAGUGUUUCAACCAGUCGGGGGAGCUGAUACGACAUGAGAGAGUACACACAGGAGAGAAGCCUUACCACUGCUCCCUAUGUGGAAAGCGUUUCAACCAGUCGGGGGAACUGAAACAGCAUGAGAGAAUACACACAGGGGAGAAGCCUUACCACUGCUCCCAAUGUGGAAAGGGUUGUGACGGGUUAAGGGACCUGAAACAACAUGAGAUAAUCCACACAGGGGAGAAGCCUUACCACUGCUCCCAGUGUGGAAAGUGUUUCAACCAGUCGGGGGAGCUGAUACGACAUGAGAGAGUACACACAGGAGAGAAGCCUUACCACUGCUCCCUAUGUGGAAAGCGUUUCAACCAGUCGGGGGAACUGAAACAGCAUGAGAGAAUACACACAGGGGAGAAGCCUUACCACUGCUCUCAGUGUGGAAGGAGUUUUACCGGUUUAGGGAUCCUGAGACACCACGAGAGAAUACACACAGGAGAGAAGCCUUACCACUGCUCCCAAUGUGGAAAGCGCUUCAACCAUUUGGGGGAACUGAAACAGCAUGAGCGAAUACACACAGGGGAAAAGCCUUACCACUGCUCCCAGUGUGGAAAGUGUUUCGGCCUUUCAGGGACGCUGACACGACAUGAGAGAAUACACACAGGAGAGAAGCCUUAUUACUGCUCCCAAUGUGGACAGGGUUGUAGUGCGUUAUGGCACCUGAAACAACACGAGAGAACACACACAGGAGAGAAGCUUUACCACUGCUCCCAGUGUGGAAAGUGUUUCAGCCAAUCAGGGACGCUGAAACGACAUGAGAGAAUACACACAGUGCAGAAGCCUUACCACUCCUCCCAGGGUGCAAAGCUUUUGCCCAUUUAGGAAGCCUGAAAGAACACAUUAGACUGCACACAGAGGAAAAGGCUUAGAAAAGCUCAGACUGUGGGAAAACAUAUUACUCAUAACAGUCACUUAAACGUCAUUAGUGAAUCCACACAGGAAAGAGAAAUUACUUCUCUUAGCGUGUAUAUUGAUAUACAUCACAUUGACUUAAAAUUCAUCAGAGAACAUACACAGUGCUCCCGUUGUCUUAUAUUGUUGACUGACAAUGUGUUUACCUGUCAUUACCAGAUGAAAAUAAAUGGUACAGGGUAUACUCAAACAUAUAUUUGUUUGUUUUUAUUAGAAAACAUGAAUUGAAUAUGGAGUCUGUCAGUUUGAAUAUAAAGAAGAUCAGGUUCCUUCUUUUAAACGGUCCUUUUUUUAAACUCUGUGUGUGUUUAUCUGGGUGUGUCAUUCCUCCAGCACUACAGAUAAUCAAGUGAUAUUUGGAUGUGAUGCAUUAGUUCCAUUGUUGACAUCUACAUUGUUGGCCCACUGAUGAUUUAAUGAAAUGAAAAUGUUCAGACUCUGUAAUGGAAAAUGUUAAUUGUUUGUGUGUCCACAACUGAGUAUGUGACUAACCUUGUGAAACUGUCCUAUUAUAAUCUUCUGUUCUUGGGAGUAUCAUCCUGUGUUGCAAACCAAUUUACACCUGUGUCCUUGUAUGAAUAAAGUCCCUCCCAGGAACAGGAAACUAUAAAGAUAUUUGCUCAUCACCCAAUGCUUCAGGAAUUCAGACUGUCUACACUGCGCUGUGUAACUCUGUUAUUCUCUCUGAGCUCAGAAAUAAAGAAUCUUGGUUUGACUUGGA